AUGGAAACUAUAGUACUAUAUCCGUCCCCGGGCAUGGGGCAUCUGAUUUCCAUGGUGGAGCUCGGGAAGUUCAUACUCAAGCACCAUCCUUCCUUCACUAUUGUUAUCCUCACAGUUCCUCCAUCAUUCAACACUGGCUCAACUGCCUCCUAUAUCAACCGAGUUUCUGCUGCUACCAAAUCUAUCACCUUCCACCAGUUACCAUCUAUUUCUCUUGAACUCGACUCUUUCUCCUCCAUGGAAGCUGUUAUUUUCGAGGCCCUUCGCCUAAGCAACCCUUCUGUCCACCAAGCACUUCAACACAUCUCUCUCACCGCCACCAUCACCGCCUUCAUAAUCGACUUCUUUUGCACCCCAGCUCUCUCCAUUUCCACCAAACUUGGAAUCCCCACCUAUUAUUUUAUUACUUCCGGCAUCUCUACCCUCGCUUUUUUCCUUUACUUACCCAUAAUACAUCGGAACACCGUUAAAAGUUUCAAAGAUCUGAACUCACUAGUUGAUGUUCCUGGGUUACCUCCAAUACCAUCUUCGGAUGUGGCAAAACCGAUUCUUGAUCGAGCCUCGAUUGAGUAUGCAUGCUUUCUAGAUUUCUCUCUCCAUUUGCCAAAGACAGCUGGAUUUAUUGUAAACUCAUUCGACUCCCUCGAACCAAAAACACUUAAAGCAGUAUCUGAAGGAUCUUGCAACCCUGAUGGUGCUACACCUCCUGUCUUUUGUGUAGGACCAUUGUUGGCAUCUGAAGAUCGACGUGUUGGAACUGAUGGUGUGCAUGAAUGUUUGAAAUGGCUCGAUUUGCAGCCUAGCGAAAGUGUCGUGUUCUUGUGUUUUGGGAGUCUUGGUUUGUUUUCAGAUAAACAGUUGAAAGAAAUAGCAAUUGGAUUGGAGAGAAGUAGGCAGAGGUUCUUGUGGGUGAUCCGCUCUCCACCCUCUGAGGACAAGAGCAAGCGCUUUCUACCUCCUCCAGAACCAGAUUUGGAUUCACUGCUUCCCCGUGGAUUCUCAGAUCGGACAAAGGACCUGGGUUUUGUGGUGAAGUCGUGGGCCCCACAAGUGGAGGUGUUGAAUCAUAAAUCUAUUGGCGGGUUCGUGACGCAUUGUGGAUGGAACUCGGUGUUGGAAGCAGUAUGGGCGGGUGUCCCCAUGGUGGCGUGGCCACUUUAUGCUGAGCAAAAGUUCAACAGGGUGGUUUUGGUGGAUUACUUGAAGUUGGCUUUGCGAAUUCAUGAAUCAGAGGAUGGGUUUGUUGCUGCUGAGGAGGUUGAGAAUCGAGUUAGAGAGUUGAUGGACUCAGACGAAGGUGAGUCACUCAGAAAGCGCACCAAAGAGAAGGAGGCGGAAGCAAAGGCAGCAACAAGUGAAGGUGGCUCCUCCAUUGUGGCCUUGGCCAAGUUAGUCAAGUUGUGGAAACUGUGUUGA